GCUGGCUGCAGCUUGACUGGAGGGUUUCUCUGCCUGGUGUGGCAUUCACAUCCCGGCGCUCAUGUGGUAACAUCCAGCACUGCUCAGCUUCCCCUGUACACUGGCCUGACUCCAGGGAUUAGAAGAAGAGAGGGCAGACAGAGCAAGGGAGAGGGAAAGGGAGCGUACGUAUGCUUGAAAGAGAUAAGUGAAAGUAGGAGGGGAGAAAAGUGCAGAGGGACUAGAGAGCAGAAGAAAGGGAAGAGCAGGUGAGAAAUUAAACAAUCCAGAGAGAACAUAAGUGAAGAAGCUGCGCCACUGGUGAAGAGUUAAGGCUGACUUAUCUGACUGUACAUUCUCAAACUCCCUGACAUGGCAGCCAUGGAAGCAGAGCUCUCCAGUGCCCAGCUGGAGCCACAAACCCUCACUGAGGUCUCAGAUGAUGAGGUCAACCUCCCACCAUCAGACGAUGAAGAGGAUGCCCUUGCUGCAGCCGCCACGGGCACGGAGGGGCAACCCGCCGAAGACGACGAGGCGGCAAAGGUGGACCUUCAGGUGAACGGGGGGAUGGUGCUGACUCUGCUAGACAAGAUCAUCGGGGCGGUGGACCAGAUCCAGCAGACCCAGAACACGCUGGAGGCCAGGCAGCAGGAGAUGGAGCGCUCGGUGACGGGCAUCCAGGGCGAGCUGACCAAACUGGCCAAGAGCCACACCACCACAUCCAACAGUGUCAGCAAAAUGAUGGAGAAGGUGCGCAAGGUGAGCAUCAAUGUCAAGACAGUGCGCGCCAACCUGGAGAGGCAGGGCGGCCAGAUCAAGAAGCUGGAGAACAACGAGGCCGAGCUGCUCAAGAGGCGCAACUUUAAAGUUAUGAUCUACCAGGAUGAAGUGAAGGUUCCCUCCAAACUCUCCCUCUCCAAGUCCAUGAAGGUUCCAGAGGCUGUGUCAGGAAGCAGAGGAGGCAGCCUGAUGGAGCUGAAGGAAGCUGUAGAAGAGGCUGGAGAGGAAGGAGAAGGAGACAAGAUAGACAGACCCCACGUGGAUCUCUCAUCUGAUGAGGAGGAGGUGGCAAUCGAGGAGACCAUCGAGGAGACUCGUGCCGAGCGCAUCAAGCGCAGCAGCCUGCAGCGCGUACAAACCCUGAAGACGGUCUUCUCCAAGGAGAAGAUGGACAAGACCAGGGCAAAGACCAAGGAGAACCUGGAGAAGACCAAGCAAAAGACCAGGGAGAACCUGGAGAAGACAAAGCAGAAAACAAAAGAGAACCUGGAGAAGACCAAGCAGCGAACCAAAGAGAACAUUGAGAAGACCAAGCAGAGGACCAAAGAGAACCUGGAGAAGACACGCCACAACAUCGAGAAGAAGAUGGGCAAGUUGGGCACUCGCAUGAGUGUCAACCAAGAGCGCAAGCAGAAGAUGCAGGUGUCCCGUGAAAAGGUGAAGAAGGCCUUCACGCCUGACCAUGUAGUAUACGCCCGGUCCAAGACUGCUGUGUAUAGGGUGCCCCCCUUCACCUUCCACGUCAAGAAAAUCCGUGAGGGCGCUGUGGAGGUGGUCCAGGGCACCGAGAUGGUAGAGGUGUCCCAAGAGGUCGAUCCCUUCGACGGGGUGGAUGCUGAGGUCGAGGAAGGCGCUGUGGAGUUGGAGAUGAUAAAUGGAGGCGGAGAGGAGGAGGAGAUGGAAGACGAUGAAGAGGAGGACAGCCAGGAUGUCCUGCUGGAGCACAACGAGGACAGAGAUAGAGAUAGCGACUAGAAAAGGAAAAGAGAGGCAAGGCGGAGGGGCGGGGGGCAACAAAUUAGCCGAGACCACAAUGAAAACCUUAGUUCCAACCCUGAGGUUACUUUGUAAAACUGAGUGCACUGGCGAUGUUAAGAAGAAUAUUGACAACUUUAUGUUUACUAUAUUUGACUGAAGACUGCUGAUAAACGCCAAAGCCUCACUGUUAGCGCUCGUAUCAUAUUAACAUCAAAGUCUUCUCAGAUUUACAAAAGCACCUCAGGAGUUGGUUUUACCGUCAGUGUGUGUUUGGGUGCUAUAGAUGACCAUGAAAAGAGAAAGAGGGGAGGAAAAUGGCAAGAUGAAACAGAAUAACUUGGGAUGUUAUUGGGGUCGAGGGAAGCAGGGGGUAGGAUAGGAUAGGAUAGGACAACAGCAGAACUGACAAACAAAUGAUCACUAGUAGGGGAUACGAUCAUUCCCUGUGUAAUAAAGGAACUGUAUAAUUUGUUUUCAUUUCCUUCACCAUUUUUUAAUCAAAAGCUAAUCACUCACAACAGGUGUGAAUGUGGAAAUUACUUAUCUCCUUUCCAUUGUAGCUCAGAAACACACUAUUGAGUGUAAAGAAACACGAUCCCAAGAACUGUGUUUGGGUUGCAGCUUCUCCAGCAGCUGCAUUAUAUUCACAAACACACUACUCACGCCCAUAUCCAUAAUUUUCCUUGUGCUUUGAAAAUAGUUCGUAUCACACAUGUGAAUAUUCUUUCCAUCCCCUUUUUGUUUGUAUGUUUAGGUCACUAAUACUGAAGAGUUAUCUAUUUCCUUAUUCUGCAUUAUUGUCAUUAUAUAGAAGCACAGUGAAUCAGUUGUAAUGUCUAUAUGCUGAUGAGCUCACACGGUAAUUUGCAGUAUUUGUGUGUGAUUUUGAUUGUGAUCACAUGCAGUACUAAACCUGUGCCAUCUCUCUCUCUCUUUGAUUACUGCGAGAAACUGUAGUUUUUCAAUAGGGCUUGUUUCAUGCAACAUUCUCUUGCAACCUUUUCCUUUGAUAUUUUCAGGAAUAACCUGUAUCUAUUUGUAGGAUUGCCACUGCGCUCAAGCAAACUGCUGUCUUAUCCUAAGUGCAUGUAUCAAUAUUAAGAAGAGAGGGUCGCACUCAGAAAUAUUAUCAUUCAGUAGAUUUACUUGAUCAUUUUUCUGACAGUAUACAAAACAUUUUUGGCCAUCUGGCCUUCAUUAGUGUGUGCAAAUGCCAAUGAUAUAUUACUGAAAGCGACCUUCUCUUCUUAAUAAGGAAUAACCCAUAACCACAUAUUGUGCAACAGUGUGCUCAAUGAAGGUCUGCUGAAAAACAAAAUUGCUAUAAAAAUAGGCUGUGUCUUAUGUGUAGGCCAGGUCCAUUUAACUCGCUGAUGUAUUUCACUGUUAUCAUGCGAUGUGUUAGAUUUCAUGAGGGUUUUCUUGUAAAAAUUCUGUUCCAUGUUGAUGAUGUGUAUGAUAAAUCAGCUAAGAUAAGGAAUUAUAUUUUCAUCAAGUCCCAUAAAACUCUGGUUGAACCAGUUUUUAUCGUAGUAAACAUUGUGUACUCCCUGGACCUGCAUUUACACAAAGUAUGGACUAUAUUACGACCAACUUCACUUUUUCCUCUCCACUUCCUCAUUACUCUUGUGGUCAAAUACUGACCCCUAGUGUCCGUUCAUCUCAGUGCAUUUCUCUCCUUUCCAGUGUACAUGCAGUUGCACUUCAUCAGAUCCUCCUUUCCAAGUGAGCAUUUCAUCAAGCAUUUCCACAGCUCUUUAGAUACCUGCGACUUUUCAAUAUCGUCCAUAUUCUUUUAUUUGCAUCAAGAUUUAUAAAUUUGUUAUAUACAUGUUCGCCAUCACAGGUGAUAUUAUGAGUGCCUACAGGAAUACAUCUGCAAAUUACUGUUUUCACUCUGGAAUGUUCUGCUCUGAAUGUAUUUCACAGCAUAUUCAAGCUGAAUUUGUCGAUCCAAAGUACCAGAAAAUAGAGCUUUCCACAACCAUUGCCAAAGUUUACCAAAAUACCUGAGUAUUUUAGAUGUCAAGUUGUUUUUUUAUAGCUCAGACAGUAUCACAAUUUCCUUAUUCAUUUUUUGUAUAUAAUGUGAAUCACUGCCAAUACAGAUGAUAAUGCUUUUAUUUACCAGAGAGCCUUUGGCCUUUUCCGGGCUGCAAAACAUCUGUGACCAGAAUAGUUUCCCUGGGCCAACCAAGUCUGAUAUUUGUACAGAUUGCAUAAUGCAAUAAAUGUGACACCACAAUAUGACAUUGGCAUGGUUUCAUAUCAACAAACAGAGGCCACAUCUGUUUUUUUUUUUUUUCAUGGCCACCACAAAAGAAGGUGCAAUUGUGGUUUACCUUAGGAUUAGAGAAUUGUCUUGGUGUUCCAGUGCUAAACCUAGGUGGCUGAAUGAUGUCAUGUGGCAGUGUGGAGGUCAGUGUUACUGAAAACAUAAAGUAGCUCAAGCCCAACCGUUUUCUUGCUCUUGUUUCAUGUUGUUAACUGAUUUCUAUAUAAUGUCUCAUUGCUUAACCACUAAUGUUUUAAUUAAUAAAAGCUCUUUGGUCCACAA